CUCUCUCUUUCUCUUCCUCUGCCUCUUUCGUUUGAUUCCUUUUUCUUCAUUCCUUGCAAUGAAGUCAAAGUCUAAAAAGCAAGCACUUACUUCACCAACAGGAGUAACAACAACACCAGACGAACAUCGUAUUCCAACUAGUGCUCUGUCUUACCUCAAGCAUCGACUUUUCCACUCCAGCAAACCAACUGUGAUUGAUCAAGACUUGACAGAAAAACAUAUCGGUAAUCACUCUACAACUUCUUCUAGUGCUUGUCCGACAACAUCUUCUCACCUAGAUAUUCCAAAAACUAAUACAACAAGUACUUCUUUAGCCUUGGAACGACCGGUUUCAAAAUCAUUGGAAAAUGACAUGUUAUUACAGCAACGACCCACCUUUCUUCAUUCCUUUUCAGACCUACACUCAUCACCUGAUAGUAAGACAACUUGCAAUACAACAACAACAAACCGGGCAAGUCAAAUCAUAUGGAAGGAAGGUUAUUUGUACAAACGGACUGACUUCAGACCAUUUCAUACUCACAAAUCCGAUCGUGGAUGGAAGUUAUAUCGUGUGAUUUUACGUGGACAUAAAUUAUAUCUCUAUCGAAUCUCUCAACAACAACAAGAUCAUUUCAAGUCUUUGCGUACUUUACUUGUUUCCUCUUCCUCUUCGUCUUCAGCAUCUUCACUACAAUUGGUUUCUCAACAUUCUCCUUCUAUCUCAUCAAACACUUUGAUCUCGCCAUCUUCUACUUUCACUUCUUCACCAGGAAUGACUAUCAAGGAAAAAUGUCUUGCUUCUUUGAACCCAAAAGAUUUUGAUGAUCAAGCCAAACAAGAAUUAUUCUCUUCAACUUCUCAAGAUCUAUUGGAUGCUGCAGUCUUUACUGAAUGGGAUCGUCAAAGAAAACAAACUGCCACUGCUGUCUAUUUGUUGAUCUAUUCAGAUCGUCUCGUGGUUUGCAAAAAACGGAAACAAAUCUCAAGUGAUGUUUCUCCUUUAUCCUCAUCGUCUUCGUCCUCUUCCUCAAACAACGACAGUGGUCUUUGGCAUAUUUUCUCUAGUACACCUCUUUCCAAGUUGACUUUGGCCCCUUGUAGAUUUGCUUCUGGUUCAUCAUCACCAACGACAUCAACAGCACCCUUAACAGUGAAGUCAACAACAUCCUCGUCUCUUGUAGAACAUACCAAUUGCGACAAGUUAACCACAUUUUAUGGAUCUCCUCACCAUGAUAGCUAUUUUCCAUCCUAUUCUUCUUCGUCUUCCACAGCGACUGCUUAUUCAACUGAAAAUUCAACACAGUCUUCAGGUACUGCUACAUUAUCGACAUCAAACACAACUCGUGUCAACAGGUUCACCUUAUCCUAUAUCGCUCAACCAUGGAAACAAUCAACCUACGUUUCACUGUCAAAGGAUUUAGUUAGCUCUUGGAUGACAACGUUUUAUGAAGCCCAACAAACAUACGUCGACAAGAAGAAUGAUAUGACUAGGACACAACUUACUUCAAUUGAGGCUAUUACUGAUGAUGAAAAGAAAAUGAUGGUAGACUCUGGAAGUCUCAAAUCAGCAAAAGCAAUUUCAAGCCCCACUGAUAUAUCAAUGGAUAUUAUCUAUUUUGAACAAGCUUCUCCCCAUCCAGGUUUAGUACUUCAUACUCAAGAUGAUCGUCCAGUACAAGGUGGAACUGUACCAGCUCUAGUCCAUGAAUUAUUGUUUGAAACGCAGAAUCAAGGCAAAGAAUAUACCUACGCUUUUCUUUUGACUUACAAUAUAUUCGCCUCUGUUGGAGAAGUAUCUGAUUUGAUGAAAGGAUAUUUGGAUCGCUUGGAAAACACAUCUUCAGGUGUUAUGCUUUGGAACAGAGUAUUGGAUCUCUAUCGGAUUUGGUGUGUUCGCUUCGCAUAUGAUGUUGUUGGAGAUUUGGUAACAAGUAUGAUGGAACGACUCGAUAGUCUUGCAGCAAAUCAAGAUCUACCUUUGGAAUUACGCAAUCGUGGCAAGGAUAUCAAGGCUUUGGUUUUACAGACUGUACAAGACAAUCAACAUAUUAUUGAACAUGCACAAGCUCGCAGGGAGUACAAUGAAGGGACUCAAGUAGUGGACUUUAUUCAACGUUAUGUUAAUACAAAUGAAACUGAUCACUCGCCAAUGAUGGAAAGUCAGACUUCAAAUGAUGAUGAUACUGGUAUUGAUUUGUCAGACUUAGUGGCAACUGGUUUGUCACCUUCUCUAUUUCUUACCAUGGAUCCCGAUCGACUGGCAGAACAAAUCUAUGUUUUUCAUCACACUCAGCAUUAUCAUCAUCGAUAUCAACUUCUCAGUGCUCUUUCUUAUGUAUCAAGACCUCAAGUACCUCCACAAAUGUUGAAUACUCUACUAUUUACCUCACCUUCGCCUCAUUUCUUGACACGUUUGAUAUGGCGGCAUAUCCUGGUGGAAGCGAAUAUGCAACAAACUGAAAAUGCAAUGGUACUUCGAACAAGUUUAUUGGAGCAUUGGAUCCGUGUUGGUGUGGCCUUGAUGAAAUUGAAGGAUAUGACUGGUUGGUGCAGUGUCGCGAUGGGUAUUUGUUCAAUGGAAAUUGCAAGACUAAAGGAAGCAUGGAAAACGGUAGAUCGAUCUCUGGUGAAGAUAGUUUCUACUGUUUGGAGUCCUCUUCUGGCAGAACAUGGGAUUUAUUCUUUGGAUGUUUGGAUGGAAGGUUGGGAACAUGAUAGUCGAUUACAACAUGCAUUCUCUCAAGUGUUGGACCAAGAACCUUCGUCUGUGCGCUCACUUCCUUAUUUUGGUGUCAUCAAGCAAUCUGUUGAUCGUCUGCGUCGGCAUGUACCUCUGCAUCUUUCCUGCAAACAAACAAAUCGAUUAUCCUCUGGUAUGGAUGUAAUCAACUUUAUUUCUAGCUGGUGCGUACAUGAUACUAUUCGAUCUGGUCUGGGUACUUGGAAAAAAGGACGACAUUUGACAUGGGGUGAUAUAUCAACAACCAAAGGAUGCUUGCCUUUUCCUAUUGUUCGACCUUUACAAGUCUACUUUGAUACUAUUGUGAAUCAAGUUUCCUCUGUUCCUCAUGAUUUCAAAUAUCUUCAUGAAUGCUCUCUAUUAUGUGAACCUCGUAUAUUUGGUCAAGCUCUGGUGGAUCGUCCGUCGAAGGAAGUGGCCGGUCCUGCACAUUCUCCAUUGAUAUUUCCUGAUACAGUCGACUCAUGU